CUACUACACCAGCCACCACAACUACAACACCAGCAACAACUACUACACCAGCCACAACAACACCAGGAGCAACUACAACAGCAACCACAACUACUACACCAGCCACAACAACUACUACACCAGCCACCACAACUACAACACCAGCAACAACUACUACACCAGCGACAACAACUACUACACCUGCCACCACAACUACAACACCAGCCACCACAACUACAACACCAGCAACAACAACUACAACACCAGCAACAACUACUACACCAGCCACAACAACACCAGCAGCAACUACUACACCAGCAACAACAACUACUACAACUAGCACACCAGCUACAACAACAACAGCCCCAGCCACAACAACCACAACAGCAACAACUACAACACCAGCAACAACUACUACACCAGCGACAACAACUACUACACCAGCCACCGCAACUACAACACCAGCAACAACUACUACACCAGCCACAACAACACCAGCAGCAACUACAAUAGCCACAACAACUACUACACCAGCCACCACAACUACAACACCAGCAACAACUACUACACCAGCGACAACAACUACUACACCAGCCACCACAACUACAACACCAGCAACAACUACAACAACAACAACUACUACACCAGCCACAACAACACCAGCAGCAACUACAACAGCGACAACAACUACUACACCAGCCACCACAACUACAACACCAGCAACAACUACUACACCAGCCACAACAACACCAGGAGCAACUACACCAGCUACAACAACAGCCCCAGCCACAACAACCACAACAGCAACAACUACAACACCAGCAACAACUACUACACCAGCGAAACCACAGCUGCAGCAACAACAACACCAGCCCCAACAGCACCGGCAACAGCCUCAACAACUCUUACAGCAACAACUUCAACCCAAGCCCCAACCACACCAACUACUAUUGUGACCACAGCCGUAGUGCCAAUAACGGAGACCACUGCAGAAAGUGCAACUACAACUGCCACCCCCACACUGUCAACCACUGCUGGGACAACAGCCCCAACUUCAGCCCUUACUAUAUCGUGGUUACUCAUUUUGGUAUUGAGACAACUCUACCACUACUACACUACAGCAGCCUCCUCAACAACAACAACAACAACAACAACAACAACAACAACCACAAUGGUGCCUACAACUGCAGGCCCAACAACAACCACUGCUGCAACUAUAACUACUACAGCAUCCCCAACAACCACAACAACAAUGGUGCCUACAACUACAACACCAGCCCUAACAACAACCACACUAGCAACAACAACCCCAACAACAACUACUAUGCCAGGCAACUACCACACCAGAACCACAGCUGCAGCAACAACAACACCAGCCCCAACAGCACCGGCAACAGCCUCAACAACUCUUACAGCAACAACUUCAACCCAAGCCCCAACCACACCAACUACUAUUGUGACCACAGCCGUAGUGCCAAUAACGGAGACCACUGCAGAAAGUGCAACUACAACUGCCACCCCCACACUGUCAACCACUGCUGGGACAACAGCCCCAACUUCAGCCCUUACUAUGGGUCCAGUUCCUACAACCACAACUGCUCCAGCUACGACAACCCUUGCACUGACAGCAGUAACACCUGCAAUUACAACUACUACUACUACUACUACAACUGCUGCAGCUACAAUAACUAA